GACCGGAAGUAACUUUUUUUAGACGGAAGAAAGCGGGCAGACAAGUUAGAUGUAGUUCUUGCAGUGUUUCGUCUAAUAUUAGUAGUACUGUUGUAAUCUGCGUGACAGUUUGACUAAACUCUCUGACUUUAUUCCUGUCAAGAUCUUUUUUCAGCCCGUCGGUGGGCUGGGUCGUUUCCUCUGGCUGCGUGUAACCGCGACGUGAUGGAAAGUUAACGUUAGCACUCGGAAAAAUAACGGACUAGCCAGUUAGCUAUCGCCAGCUGUCCCAAUACACAGGACUGGAGCAACUGAUUAACUGGUUAUGACUGUGAUUGUACUUAGUUCUAUUUUUCUUCCGGGGAGAUUUUAUUUUCUCGGUUAAUAUACACAUUUUUUAGCUUACCCAGCAGGUUUUUACCCCACCCCUUCACCGACCAUCAUACGUGUUAACUUAGCAAGUGUGGCUAGCAGAGCUACCUAAAGAAAUACGCUGCUUUAUGCAAGGAAGUGUUUCAACGCGUAUGGACUAACUGUGCUGUCAUAAAGCUGCUAUGGUUCAUAGGUUAACGCUGCUGCUGCCAAGUUAAGUCACUGCCCGUGAGGACAUCCGGUCCACCAUGAAGACCCUCGGACCCAGAAUCUCAUUUUAUGCGGGCUUCGUGGUGGGAACCCUCACGCUGUACGUGUUUCUGCGGCAGCUUUGGUUUGAGAAGACCGUGUCAAUGCAGCAAGUCGGCACCUUCGCUGGAAUUCAGGACUACCAGCAACAGCUCGAGGAGGAAAAGAAAAUGUGGAAGAAAGAGAGGUCUGCACUUUUCAACCUCAAGCACCCUCAUCACAUAGGUGAGGAUAGCAGCAUGGCUGAUGAAUUGUACAAAAAGGUGCGUAUUCUUUGCUGGGUGAUGACUGGACCCAAAAACCUGGAGACGAAAACUCGACAUGUGAAGUACACCUGGAGUCGCCAUUGCAAUAUUGUGGUCUUCAUGAGCUCUGUGGAUGACCCCGACUUCCCCACCGUGGGAUUAGGUACAAAGGAGGGUCGGGAUCAGCUGUACUGGAAAACAAUUCGGGCCUACCAUUAUGCCUAUGAGCAUUAUGCAGAUGAAGCAGAUUGGUUCCUCAAGGCAGAUGACGACACCUAUGUCAUAGUGGACAACCUGCGCUGGGUUCUUGCAAACCACACUCCUGAUGAGCCUAUUUACUUCGGCAGACGAUUCAAGCCCUACACUAAGCAGGGCUACAUGAGCGGUGGUGCAGGCUAUGUACUGAGCAAAGAGGCUUUGCGAAGAUUUGUAGAAGGUUUUAAAAGCAAACAGUGUACUCAUACUACCUCUGUAGAGGACCUGGCAAUGGGGCAGUGCAUGGAGAAAGUUGGGGUGCUGGCUGGAGACUCCAGAGACUCUUUUCAUAGGGAGACAUUUCAUCCCUUUGUCCUUGAGCAGCACCUCACUGCCAAAUUUCCAAAGAGCUUCUGGUAUUGGAGCUACUGCUACUACCCCAUCUCAGAGGGUCCUAACUGCUGCUCGGACAUUUCAGUAUCUUUCCAUUACGUGGAUGCUGUAGGCAUGUAUUUAAUGGAAUAUUACACCUAUCACCUGCGUGCCUUUGGCUACAGAUAUCGCUAUCAGCCUCCCACCCCACCUGGCUACAGGAUAAAGAAGUCAGAAUCCUGGGAUGCUGGGAAAAAAGACAAAAAGCUGGAACAAAAACUAAUCCAUCCAGACCUAUCCAGGACUGACAAGAGACAGAAUGAAGAUCCCCCUCCUGUAGAUGGUAAAGAUGGUCCUCCUGCUGCCGAGGGUAAAUAACAGUUGGACUUUGUGGCAGUUUUUGAGGGUACUGAUCAUUAGGAUUCGCGGUGGAUUUGGGGUUUUGACUGUUUGGGUAUCCGUUCUGAUAAUCAAAGUGAAGUAUAAAAUCCUUGUCCUCUUAGACUGCUAGUGAACUGUGACAGCAAGACUGGGUGUUCUCCAUGCUAAAAGGUGACCUGUGGCUCUGUAUGUCAGUUUUGUCAGGUGUUUUUACAGAUUGUUCCAUAACAGGAAACACCUUUCUAUUGUUCUGAAAACAAAGUAAACCGAUAUUUCCCGUGCAUUUAAAAAAAAAAAAUUACUUUUCUGUUCUUUCAUUUCUUACCACGACAGUCCCACAAACACUUGCUCUACCGCUCUUUAAUGCUUGCUGGAGUUGUUAUGCUUCAGUUCACACUCAUAGCUAUAUGUGCCUGAAACCUGGUUUUUGUCAGAUCACAUUGUUGUUUACGAGAGUUUGAUGCCUCCCAAACACUAGCGUUUAAGGUUGUGCUUAAAAGCCCUUUCACAUAAAAUACAAGGGCAGCAUCUCUUUACUUUUUAGUUUUGGUUGUUUUGUGUUUUGACAAGUUCUUUCUUUGAAGAUAUGUUUUAAACCAAGACCUUGCAUAUGUCUAAAAGGUUUACUUAAGUGAAUUAGCUACACUUAACUCGGAAUAUUUAUUUACCCAUUAGUCUGCAUCUCUUGGUAAACCAGACAUCAGGAAUGGUGAAAAACGGCUGUUAUCUUUUCCUAAAAGCAAAGUGGAUCUCUUUUGAAAUUCCCAUUUUUCCAAGUAAUAGUGAAAAAAAAGUUUUAAAAAAGUGACGAAUAGGUCAAUCUUUUAUUCUCUAUAAAAUGAAACAUUUUGUCCCAUGGAUGGUUAAAUAGCAAUGUAUAUACUCUCAAAAUCUGGCAAAAUAAAUUUUUAUCACACAUUCAGCCUUAAUUAAACAGUAACAGAUAUUAAAAAUGAACUCAGUUGCCAGAUUAUUAGGUAGACGAGAGCUGAAACAGAAUCCAUUAUGAAGUGCUUUCUGUUUAAUUAACUUAUCCAGCUGUGCAAUGCUCAAGCUACACAUAAAACAUGUGUCUGAAACUAGUGUAGAAAGAAGAACUUAUUACAUGUGUGCCUAGGUGUAUCUAAUAAACUGGCAACUGAUUGUAUUAAUAUUUGAUAUAAAAGAUGUCAUACAUUACUAAAUGUAUUGUAGGAAAACAUUGUGACUGCAUACUCCUCAAUAAUGAGGUAUCAGGUGCAGCUAUCUAAAUUUCUACAGUGCAGCCAAAGAUUUCAACACAAGACAACAGUGAAGGCAGUUUGAGCUGUUAUAUGUGGACGGGCUAAUUAGAGACUUAGACUUAGAGACUUAGAGCUUUUUAUUUAAUUGUGCAGUGACUCACGGCACUGGUAGUUUGUUUGCUUUUGUUUUUUUUUAAGAGGACUUUGUUCAGUUAACACGGACUUUCUGAGUAGCGCUGGUUGUGUGUGAACGUCUUCAGCCGGAUGAAGAACAAGUUAGUCAAACUUGUUUUUUCUUCUCUGGAAUGAAAAGUGAUCUUAAUCAACCCACCCACAGCACAUAGUUACCUUUCUGUGUAACGUGCUGCACACAGUUUUCUGCAUCUUCCCACAGUGGAGUCAUUAGCUUGUGCCUUGUAAAUUGAGAUUGUAUGAGCCAGCCAUUAGCUGCACACUUGACUUAGCACUGUGACAUGAGCGUGAAGAGAGUGUUGUUUCAGAUGGGUGUUUUAUUUUACCGACUCCUUCUGUUGUAAUAUGUGUGACCUUCAUUCAGGCCAGUGAAUUUUUUGUUUGUUUGUUUUUUGUUGUUUUUUUUAAACAGAAGAUGGUGUUGUUUUGAAAUUCUUUGCCAGUCAGGCCUCAUUAGAAGUUGGCACACUUUGUACAUGUAUAAAAUAAAAUAAAAUUAAUAACAGCUCUUUUGCUAGUUUCUAACCAGACACUAAACCUGUGGUAGAUGCAGUAAUCACCAAAGGCGAGAUUAAAUGCUGAAAGGAGCAGAAGGAAUUUGACUUUUAUCUGCAGAUUGACUAAAUGUUUUAAUGGAACAGUGGCCAUUUCUUUUUGUUUUUCUUAUUAUUUUUUUUGACGACGUUUUCUUCAAGGUUAAAAAUGUACGAGGUUGCUAUUUUCAAAUGAAACUUUGUGUUUACACUUGGUUUCUGUAGUAUGCGCAUGAAUACAUGCAUGUUCACCAGAGCAUGUGUUUUUUUUUUCUUCUCAUCUUUCUUUUGGCUGCUCACGCUCACAUUUGAUAUCAGCCGCAUCAUUUCCAAUGGGGCAGUCCUUGACAAUCUUCUCAUUUCAGAGUUUUCUUAAAGGGAAUGGUGUACAGUGCUAUAUUUAUAUUUGAAAUGUGUUUAUGUUGGAAUUGAAAUCUUAAUUGAGUCGAUACACUUCAGUGUGGAUAUGAGUUCAUUUUAAUGUGUGAGCACACGUAAUGUAAUCGCUGUGCAGGACUGUUUUUAGUGAAAUGGUAAUUUAAUCACUAUAAAUAAAUGCAUAUUUUAUUGUA